AUGCAUGGACGAAGUGAACCGGCUGUAGAAGCAAGGACGAGAAUUUUCUAUGGAAGUGUGAAUGGAGUAGUAGGCAAACUUCUAGGUGUAUGCAGGAAUGAAAAUGUGUGGAUGGGAAUUAUGGAGAUGUCACUAUUCCCAAUCCUGUCGUAUGGAUGCCAUCUUUGGGACUUGGAGAGAACAUCAGUAGCGAGGAUAUUAACUAGAGCUUUUAGAAGAGGAAGUAGACGUGGAUUGGGACUGAGGCGAAGUGAAUCUAUUUGUGAUCGCUUUGAAAACUUCAUGAAAGCCGUGGAGCGAAUAAGGAUAAUACAACUUAAUGUUCUAAACAGGACACAAAACUCUGUGAAUAGCAUACAAUUAUUCAUACUGUUAUCCCAUUCUGGGGAACGUGUUGUGCUAAAGCAUGAACGAAGUGUUUUAGUGUUGCAGUUAAUUAACUUUAUUAUUACUAUUGAUAAAAAGAUUAUUCAUAUACAGACUUGGUUUUGUGAUAGCGUGGAUUGCAUUUGGGGCAGUUGGAGUUCAUGUAGUGUUGAAUGUGGAAAUGGCACCAGAACUCGGAAGAUUAGUCAAGCAGCUAGAAUGGAGGGUCGCACCUGUACAGGACCAUCAUCUGACAUCUGCAUAGUCACAUCUUGUAUAGCAACUAAUUUAGCUGCUUCUCUUGGGGCAACAGUGACCAUGAGUUCAGUCUACAAUUUUGCUACAUUGGCUAUAGAUGGCAGUCCAAAGAAUGUUACUGGACAGAUGAUUGAUGAUUUUGAUUGUGCUAGUACAAAAUUUUCUCAGAAUCCUUGGCUUCGCGUUGACUUGAAAAAUGAAUAUCUGGUGUCACAUGUUAGAGCUAUCCUUAUAACCGAGAGAGGCAGAUAUCUGUAUGUUCAUGUUGGUAACAGCUUAACAAACAAUGGCAAUGACAACCACUAUUGUGGAAAGGCUCCAUAUGACAAGUCUAAUAGCAUGGAUGCAACUUGGCGAGAUGUUAACUGUAACCCACCAGUUUGGGGAAGAUACAUCAAUUUACAGAGAAUAGUAUUAAAUGACCUUCUUCAUUUAUGUGAGGUGGCUUUCAACUAUGAGUUGGAGGUUGCUAUUCUAGACAAUGGUACGAAUAUCGAAGGAUCAAUUGUGGAAGUUUAUGAGAAUCAAGAUUACUCUAAUCCUAUUGAUUGUGGUGUCAGUCCUGAUGUGACCAACUUUAAUGCUCUCUUGCAAUGGAAGCAGAAUGUUACCGAUGAGAUAGCAUACUCAAAUGGACAAAAUUCUAGUGUGUAUCAGAACUAUGAGAAUGGUGUGCAGCGACUCUACAUCAAGGCACCUAAUGCCUCUGACAGUGGAGUGUAUACAUGCCAAUAUUCUUCAACUGGUGGCUUUAUGUUGUCAAAGUCGUUUACCCUAAUUGUUAGGAAAGUGGAUUGCAUUUGGGGCAGUUGGAGUUCAUGUAGUGUUGAAUGUGGAAAUGGCACCAGAACUCGGAAGAUUAGUCAAGCAGCUAGAAUGGAGGGUCGCAACUGUACAGGACCAUCAUCUGACAUCUGCAUAGUCACAUCUUGUAUAGCAACCAAUUUAGCUGCUUCUCUUCAAGCCACAGUGAUCAUGAGUUCAGUCUUUCCUGGCUACAAUGCUACAUUGGCUAUAGACGGCAAUCCAAAGAAUGUUACUGGACAGAGACUGGAUGGUUUUGAUUGUGCUGGUACAAAAUUGUCUUUGAAUCCUUGGCUUCGAGUUAACUUGAAAAUUGAAUAUCUGGUGUCACGUGUUAGAGCUAUUUUUAUAGGUGAUAGUGGUAAGAAUGUGACUGUUCAUGUUGGUAACAACCUAACAAACAAUGCCAAUGAUAACCACAAUUGUGGAAAGGCUCCAUAUGACAACCCUACUAAAUGGAAUGCAGUUUGGCGAGAUGUUAAUUGCAGCUCACCAGUUUGGGGAAGAUACAUUAAUUUACAGAGAAUAGUGUCAGAUAGCUUUCUUCAUGUAUGUAGGGUGGCUUUCAACUAUGAGUUGGAGAUUGCUAUUCUGGACAAUGGCACGAGUAUUGAAGGAUCAAUUGUGGCAGUUUAUGAGAAUCAAGAUUACUCUAAUCCUAUUGAUUGUGGUGUCAGUCCUGAUGUGACCAACUUUAAUGCUCUCUUGCAAUGGAAGCACAACACAACGAUUGAUGUAGCAUCUUCAAGUGGACAGAAUGCUAGUGUAUAUCAGGUGUAUGAGAAUGGUGUGCAGCAGCUCUACAUUAAAUCAGCUAGUUUUUCUAAUAGUGGAGAGUAUACGUGUCAAUAUACUAUAGCUGACGGCUCUAUAGUGUCAAAGUCAUUUACAGUAACUGUUUGUGGAGUGGAUUGCAGGUGGGGCAGUUGGAGUUCAUGUAGUGUUAAAUGUGGAAAUGGCACCAGAACUCGGAAGAUUAGUCAAGCAGCUAGAAUGGGGGGUCGCAAUUGCACAGGACCGUCAAAUGAGAUCUGCAUAGUCACGUCUUGUUUAGCAACUAAUUUAGCUGCUUCUCUUGGGGCAACAGUGACGAUGAGUUCAGUGUACCGUUCUGCUACAUUGGCUAUAGAUGGCAGUCCAAAGAAUGUUACUGGGCAGAUGAUUGAUGAUUUUGAUUGUGCUAGUACAAAAUAUUCUCUGAAUCCUUGGCUUCGAGUUGAUUUGAAAAAUGAAUAUCUGGUGUCACGUGUUAGAACUUGUUUUUUAGCUGAUAGUGGUCAAACUGUGUAUGUUCAUGUUGGUAACAGUUUAGCAAACGACCACAAUUGUGGAAAAGCUUCAUAUAACAGCUCUAAUAGGUGGAAUGCAAUAUGGCGAGAUGUUAGCUGCAGCCCACCAGUUUGGGGAAGAUACAUUAAUUUACAAAGAAAAGUGCUAAAUCACAGUCUUCAUGUAUGUGAGGUGGCUUUCAACUAUGAGUUGGAAAUUGCUAUUCUCGACAACAAUAUGCAUAUUGAAGGGACAAGUGUGGCCAUUGGUGAAAAUCAAGAUUACUCUAAUCCUAUUGAUUGUGGUGUUAGUCCUGAUGUGACCAACUUUAAUGCUCUCUUGCAAUGGAAGCACAAUGCUACCAAUGAGAUAGCAUUGUCAAGUAUACAGAAAACUUCUGGUGUAUAUCAGGUGUAUGAGAAUGGUGUGCAGCGACUCUACAUCAAUUCUGCUAAUUCCUCGCACAGUGGAGUGUACACGUGCCAAUAUUCUUCAACUGAUGGCUUUAUAGUGUCAAAAUCAUUUGCAUUGACUGUUUAUGAGGUGGAUUGCAGAUGGGGCAGUUGGAGUUCAUGUAGUGUUGAAUGUGGAAAUGGCACCAGAACUCGGAAGAUUAGUCAAGCAUCUAGAAUGGGGGGUCGCAAUUGCACAGGACCGUCAACUGAGAUCUGCAUAGUCACAUCUUGUUUAGCAACUAAUUUAGCUGCUUCUCUUGGGGCAACAGUGAUCAUGAGUUCAGUCGACAGUUCUGCUACAUUGGCUAUAGAUGGCAGUCCAAAAAAUGUUACUGGACAAAUGAUUGAUGAUUUUGAUUGUGCUAGUACAAAAUAUUCUCUGAAUCCUUGGCUUCGAGUUGACUUGAAAAAUGAAUAUCUGGUGUCACGUGUUAGAGCUAUCCUUAUAACCCAGAGAGGUAGAUAUGUGUAUGUCCAUGUUGGUAACAGCUUAAUGAACAAUGGGAAUGACAACCACAAUUGUGGAAGGGCACCAUAUGACAGCUUUACUUACCAUGAUGCAAUAUGGCGAGACGUUAGCUGCAACCCACCAGUUCGGGGAAGAUACAUUAAUUUACAAAGAAAAGUGCUAAAUCACAUUCUUCGUGUUUGUGAGGUGGCUUUCAACUAUGAGUUGGGGAUUGUUAUUCUAGACAAUAAUACGAGUAUUGAAGGGACAAGUGUAGCCGUUGAUGAGCAGCAAGAUUACUUGAAUCCUAUUGAUUGUGGUGUCAGUCCUGAUGUGACCAACUUCAAUGCUCUCUUGCAAUGGACACACAAUGUGACUAAUGACAUACCAUCUUCCAUUGUACAGAAUGCUGGUGUAUAUCAGGUCUAUGAGAAUGGUGUGCAGAGGCUCUACAUCAAGUCAGCUGGUGUCUCCUUCAAUGGUUUGUAUUCAUGUCAAUAUGCUGCAACGGAUGGCUCUAUUGUGUCAAAGUCAUUUACAUUGAAUGUCAAUGUAAAUUGUGAAUGGAGCCCAUGGUCAGAUUGUACGUUAUCAUGUAGUUUUGGAACUCGUACUCGUACAAGAGCACGUCUUAGGCAACACAAUGGAAUGGACUGUGUGGGAUUGUCAACUGAGAGCUGUGACAGCAAACAACCACCAUGUGCACCAACAGCUGGGCAGUCAACAGAAGUUUCAUUUGAUGAGUAUUCAAUGCGAGAGUUGAGCUGCUCCGCUUCACAGUAUGCUGGUUUGAGUGAAGGCAUUACAUUUGGAUGGUACAGAAAUGAGAAUGGAGUUGAUUCUGAUAUUGUAUUAGACUCUUGGGUGACAAAUUCAUCUAAAAAUGACGGAAUGGGCAGUUUUACUGGGAUAUUGAAAUUUGCAUCUGUAAAUCGUUUAAGUACAGGAUCAAUCAAGUGCAGGGCAUUUAACAAUUAUGGUGCUAGUAAUCUGUCUUCAGCUACAUCGGUUAAUGUUAAAUAUGCUCCUGAAUCUGUUGAGAUUAGUCCAUCCGAUCCAGUGGGUGUGAAAGGACAAAGUAUCACUUUAAACUGUUCUGCUGUUGGUAAUCCCAGUCCCUUUUAUGAAUGGAGAGGAAACAAGAGAACAACAGGAUUUACUCUGAAAUUAACAUCACUUGGAUUUGAGGAUGAAGGAACAUACACAUGUGUUGCUAGCAACACUAUUGAGGCUGGUAGUAUGUCGUCUAACUCAUCAGUGCAGUUACAAAUUGAAGGCCCUCCACAGAGAUGUGUUGUGUUAUCAGUCCAAAGCUAUGUUGACUCUGAAGUGACUGUCACAGUCAAAUGUCCUGAAGAUGGAAAUUCAAGUGUAACUGAAUAUCGCAUAGAGUAUCAGUUGCAUAGUAGCACUAGCAACAUGCUGUGGUUGCAGCAAGAAUUCAUUGCUUCUAAUCCUCAACCAUUUGUUGUUAGUAGUCUCAGUCCGUUUACAGAGUACAUAUUUAGAGCAACAGCAAGAAACAUUCAUGGCUAUAGUGAAAGCUCGGCUGCAGUUAAUAUGGUAGUUGUGACUACUGCCGAAGGCUAUCCCGGUUAUCCCAAUUCAGUGAGUUUAUCAGGGAAUGCUUCAGCACGCUGGUUUGUUUUGUCUUGGUCACCUCCCAGUGUACCUUAUGGCAUUCCUCGCUAUUACUUUGUUCACUAUAAAGCAAUUAGUUUUCGUCAAGUGAAAAAUUUGGAUAGUGGCAAAACACUGAAUGUAACAGACACAUGGGCCAAUUUGACUAUACUUAUUCCAUUUACACGGUACAGUGUUGAGGUGGCAGCAGUGAAUGUUCGAUCUCAUGAUGGUAAAGUGUUGGAGGGACAAAGGAGUACUGCCAUUAUUGUCAACACAGAAGAAGAUGCUCCUACAACAAUGGCACGUGAUCUGAAAAUUACUUCUUAUCCACCACAUACAGUUAAUGUGAGUUGGAGGGAACCUGUCACACCAAAUGGAAUUGUUCGAUAUUACAUUGUUGGAUACAUGCUGGCAGACGGAAGUGGAACCAAAAUGGUUUUUGAUUACGUGAAGGGGCUGAGCCAGAUGAUUAACAACUUACGAGAAUCAACAAAAUAUAGAGUCACAGUUCAAGCUUUUACUGUUGGAGUUGGACCAGCAGCAUCAAUAACAUUUGAACUACAUGCAAUAACACCAACUCCACCUCAGCAUGUAAGGACUUUGAAUGUGACAUCAAAUUCAGUUACUAUUGGAUGGGAUUCUCCCGGGAACUCAAACGGCAUUCUUUGGUUUUACACUGUCUACUAUAGCACCAGUACUUCACGGUAUGACACGUCUCGUGGCAUUUCCAUUAGUCAAAGUACAUACACAUUGAUGAAUCUUAGUCCAUACACAACAUACUUCAUAUACAUGUCGGUUACAAACAAUGCCGACCUUAACCCAGAAAGUUUGCCUAGCAACAUUAUUCAAGUGCGAACUCUUCAAUCUUCUCCGCUUAAACCAGAUGCACCUUUAGCUGGUGACACAAGACCAUCAGCAACAACUAUAACAUUGGUGUCUCCAAGUGUUGAUGAUUCAAAUGGUCCAAUCAAGUAUGUUGAUUUUAUUGUCUAUGAGGAUCAGAUUGAAUCUGAUGGUGAUAAAGCAGCUAAUAUGCCAUCUGUUAUUAAACCAUACGACAAGAGCAGGAUCUGGUAUGUCGCAGCUCGAUAUGAAUAUGAUCACUACAAGAAGAACAUAGGUGGACAUCAGUUUUUAAUUGGAAAUGGUUCAGUGGUAUCUGCCGGAGGUAUAGAGUACAUGAAUGGACCACUACGGCCAGGACAAUCUUAUCUGGUUUAUAUCCGUGUCAUUGGGAUUGGACAGGAUGGGGUGCAGGAGUUAUCGUCAAUUAGCAAAGCCAAACGGUACACGACUGCAUCUACAGAGGAUGAAUCAUCAUCAGGAGGAAUAUCAUUCUCGGUGUUGACAAUAUCUGGUACUAUUGCACUGUUUGUGAUCAUCCUGGUGCUAGUCAUCAUACUUCUUGCAUGUCUGAGGAGAAAUUACAGGUGUUCUGUUGAACGGAAAAAAAAGAUGCCAUUGGAGCCUAUGAGAUUUGAUAGUGUUAUUACCAAUUCCAAAGCAAUAUCUGAGACAGAUCAAUUGACAACUAAUGGCUCAUAUCUUGUUAGGGGUAAGAAUUGCCACAUUGCAAAAUUGUGUAGAAUACAGUAUAGAAUAACUAAUCAAAGUUCAGCUUAUUCUUGGCCUUGUUUUUGUACUACUUUCUUUGUUUUUCCGUUUUAAUUGAAACAUGCCAGAAGGAGAGAGUCUGGUAUAUUCAUCUUUGUUGAAAUUUGCUU